AUGCAUCUAUCCAAGCAAGCCUGCCUCAACCUGGCCGCCCUAGUAGUGCUCGUGGCUGCAGUAACAGCCCUGCCGAGCACCAGCCAGGAUCUUGCCAUCCGCACACCUGGAGAAGUCGACCCUCAUUCAGGCUGGGAUGGAAGCACCGGUCUUGCUGAACGCUCUCGGGUAGGAUAUCUGGGCAACGCAGCAAUCUUGCUCGGCGCUAUAAUCACCGGCAGCUGCACCCUGUCCGGAAUCAACCCGGCCGCUCUACCAGUCUGUGUAGCUGCCAUUGGAUUUGCCUGCAUUGGAGUCUUCAUCAAUCUGCUGGGCGCAGCUCUCAGCGAUAAACGAAGCUUGGCUUUGGACGACGACGCAGACGGACAUUUCAAAUUCCAUUACCCCAGCAUUGGGGGCGGAGCAAGCAUGUUUGAGCAGGUCCAGACUGCAUUCCACUCUGGCGAUGGACUGCCGAUCCAUAUCGCCGACACCUCGUGUGAGAACAAUCAGACCUGCCACCGCAUGUGGUACAGCAAGGUCGAAAAGACUGGAGCGUCAAAUCAGACGCGAAUCUUUCACCAUAUCCAUGCGACUCCGAUCAACCACGAUUUCCGCAGCAACUCGACAACGAAACGUUCAUCGGUGCAAGAUGCCGAUGACAAUGUCACUGAAAAAUCGGGGGACAAGUUGUAUGGUGGAUACGUGUUUGAAGAUUUGCAAGAAUCAACAGACGAAGACAUCCUCAACGUGGGAGCCAAGGCGGGCGGCCAAGAAGUGAUUGAUAAGAUGUCGGAUCAGUACACAAACCAGAACAAGAAAUUCAACACUGAGGGAAUCUACUGCAUGGACUUCGACACCGACUCCCACACAGACGCUGGUACAGCAGGUUACUUAUGGUAUUAUAACGAUCAAAGCUCCUACCCAUCUGGAGAAGAAGAUUCCUUCAUGGAUACCUGUUCGGAGGAGGCUACCAACUAA